GUUAUCCAGGAAGCUCUUUUGAGGGUAGAAUGCGUUUGAUCGAAAGCUUGAUCUAAUAUUCUUUGGGAUUAUACUGACCUUUGUACUAUAGUUCUGUGUGAGAAACGGGUUCGGUUGAAACGUCUAGAAACAACUGAGCAAUGGCCUCGUUGUCACGGCUCGUGCGCUCCCUGUCCGCUGAACCAUAUAUAGCUAGUGUCGUGACAGCUCCGUAUUCUACAGCAUCCACCUCUUCGCAGCGAAAGGCGGUGAAAUCGCACGGACCUGGAACGGGAGCUCCGCGUUCGGAACGCCGUGUAAGAUUCCAGUCACAGUUUGAAAGGUUUACUCGAAGCGCCAGGAUGGCGGAAAUCGAGCACGCUGGUACCAUGAUGACGUCAUCAAGGGAGUCGGAAAAGGAAUUCCUCAGGAAAGUCUUUGAGCUGAUUCUGAAAGAAGGAGUGGAAAAGCAACUGAAUGGCGAUUGUAAAGUUGUGAAUUUCAAGCAUCCCGAUGAACUAUUCAAAACGUUCGACUUCAAGAUCCGAGAUGACCCGGAGACGACUGAACGGCUUUUAGAACUUUGUCAAGAUACAUAUAACUACAGUGUGAAAACGGGUCAUCCACAAUUCUUCAACACAAACUUUAACGGUCAGGAUACGUUUGGUCUGGCUGGAGCCAUGAUCUCAGACUCGCUCAAUACAUCUCAGUAUACCUUUGACAAUGCUCCUGUCUUCACAUUAAUGGAACACGAGGUGUUAGGAAAAAUCAGGGAUCUUUGUGGGUUUGAGUCUGGAGACGGAAUACUCACUCCAGGCGGUACGCUUGCAAACCUCUUCGCAGUUAAUCUUGCCAGAUAUCGAAUCAACCCUAACUUCAGAAAACAAGGAAUAUACGGCUCACAACCCAUGAAGAUAUUUGUAUCAGAUCAGAGCCACUACUCAUUCGUGAAGGGUGCCGUUUUCAUGGGCAUUGGAACGGAUAACCUGGUAGUUAUACCAACAGAUGACAGGGGUAAGAUGAUUCCUGAGAAACUGGAAGAAGCCAUAAUAUCCGUUAAGGAACAGGGCCACAUUCCAUUGAUGGUGGUAGCAACAUGCGGUUCAACGGUCCUCGCGUGCUACGAUCCACUUGAAGCCAUGGCAGACAUCUGCCAAAGACACGGGGACAUCUGGCUACAUGUGGAUGCUGCGUGGGGUGGAGGAGCCUUGAUGACCCGGAAGUACAAACAUCUGAUCAAAGGGAUCCAUCGGGUCAAUUCGAUGACUUGGUGUCUCCACAAGAUGAUGGGUGUGCCUUUCCAGUGCACGUCUUUUGUCACUAAUGGCAAUAAAGACCUAAUGACCAAAUGCCACGCUGUAAAUGCCGAGUAUCUGUUCCAGCCUGACAAAUUCUAUGAUGUCUCUUAUGACACCGGUGAUAAGACCCUACAGUGUGGCAGGAAAGUGGAUAUCUUCAAACUAUGGCUGAUGUGGAAGGCAAAAGGCAACAAGGGCUUUGACGCGGAGACCACUCACAAAUUCGAUAUGGCCAGAAACCUAGCAGAACUCAUCAAAAAUACCGAGGGAUUUCAACUUGUUCAAGAGCCUGAAUGUACAAAUGUGGGUUUCUGGUACAUUCCUCCAUGUCUCAGAGGUCAGGAACAAAAUGAAGAUUACUUCCGGCGUCUGAGCAAGGUUGCCCCUAUCAUCAAGCGAGAGAUGACACUGGCGGGUUCUCUCCUCCUAACAUUCCAGCCCAACGAGGCCAAGUCGCAUGUCAACUUCUUCAAGGUCGGCAUCGGCAGUGCGCGCGUCAAAGACGAAAACAUCGCAUUUAUUCUGGAUGAAGUCGAAAGACUGGGAAAAGAUAUUGAAGUAUAAACUACCCUCUUAAAUUCUGUAAAUUCAAAAUAUCUUCUUACUAUAUCUUCUUGUGGAGCGUUGUGGCCCAGUGGAUUAAUCUUCUGACUUUGAAACAGAGGGUCGUGGGUUCGAAUCCCAACCAUGGCGUAAUUUCCUUCAGCAAGAAAUUUAUCUACAUUGUGCUGCACUCAACCCAGGUGAGGUGAAUGGGUAUACCCGGUAGGAAAUAAAUUCCUUGAAUACUUUGAGCGCCAAGGCAGCCCAGCUAAAGCCGGGGUAAUAAUAAUAGCCGGGCCCGCCGCGAGAACAGUUUUCAGAACUGAAGUGGCUUC